AUGGAGGAGGACCCCAAACCUACAACACCCUCACCUCCGCAGGCCAGCGGAGAGGUGAAGGUGACAGCUACUGGUUUGACCAAGCAGCAGCAGCAAAGGGUAGCGGCUCACAGUCACAUCCGUUCUCUGGGCUUGGCUGCAGAUGGCACAGCAUUGCCGCAGGGGGGCGGUAUGGUUGGUCAGCUGGAGGCGAGGGAGGCUGCAGGCAUUAUUGUUGAACUCAUAAAGGCUGGCAAGCUUGCCGGUCCAGUCAGUUCUGGGAAGACGGCUCUGGCUAUGGGCAUUUGCGGGCAGUUGGGAACGGGCGUCCCCUUCGUGCCGUUGGCGGCAUCAGCUGUUUACAGCAGCGAAGUGAAAAAGACAGAAGUGCUUCUUGAGCACUGCAGAAGGGCCCUAGGCCUCCGCAUACGAGAGGUUAAAGAGGUCUUUGAGGGAGAGGUCGUUAAACUUGCCGCGGAGGAGGCUGAAAACCCUCAUGGGGGCUUCGGUAAAUGCAUCAGCGCAGUGAUGCUGACGCUGAAAACUGUAAAGGGAGUGAAAACGCUCCGCCUGGCGCCGCAGCUGCAUGACGCACUGCAGAAGGAAAAUGUCCGCGUUGGCGACGUUGUGUUUAUUGAAGCGAAUACAGGCAUUGUGAAGCGUGUAGGUCGCAGUGACGCGUUUGCGACGGAGUUCGAUCUUGAGGCAGAGGACUUCGUUCCUGUUCCCAAGGGCCAAGUGGAGAAGAGGAAAGAAGUCGUUCAAACCGUGUCCCUGCAUGAUCUUGACGUCGCCAACUCCAAACCCCAGGGAGGCACGGACGUCAUUUCUAUGAUGGGUGCCUACAUGAAGCCACGCAAAACUGAAAUAACAGAGCGGCUGAGGGAGGAGAUAAACAAGACAGUGAACAAAUACAUUGAACAAGGAGUAGCACAACUGAUUCCUGGAGUUUUGUUUAUCGACGAAGUACACAUGCUGGAUAUCGAAUGCUUUUCAUUCCUAAACCGCGUCUUGGAGUCGCCGAUGAGUCCAGUAAUCAUUUUCGCAACGAACCGGGGAGUCAGCACUGUUCGUGGCACGGAUUCCGUGGAGCCCCACGGCAUGCCCGUGGACCUUCUCGAUCGGCUGCUUAUAAUAAAGACAAAGCCCUACACAGUUUCAGAGGUAGUGCAAGUAAUACAACUGCGCGCACAAGUUGAGCGCGUCAGCCUGUCCCCCGGCGCACUGGAAGCCAUCGGGCAGAUCGGCGCGCAAACAUCUUUGCGCUUUGCGCUGCAACUUUUAGAACCCUGCCGUCUUGCGGCGGAGGCUCGAGGUUCAGAAGUAGUCGAGGAGAGUGAUGUUGCAGACGUCGACGCUUUAUUCCUUGAUGCGAAGGCCUCUGCUCUGCGGCUUGCCGAACAGGCGCAUCGCUUCCCGUCCUAG